CACUAUCAACCAUGGAGCUGGAGCAGAGCUGCAGUACAAUAUCUAAAAAGAGCAUGAUCACCAAAAUCUUUAAAGUUCGCAAAAGGAGAGAAAUGCUGUUCGUGCAGGUGUGCUUCGUAUGCAGCGUCUUGUUCGUGGCGUGGAGCUUUUCAGCGUUGCUCACAAAAACAGGUCAUGGACUGGUGCUUCAGGAGAGGUUUGAUGCACCCAAAGAUCAUCUGGGCCGCAGACUUAUGGCCACAGUAGGAGACAAUGAGACUGAGGAGAAGAACUGCACAGAGCCAGCCAUCCACGAGUUUCCCGAGGAUGUGUUCACCAACCAACAGCGUACUCAAGGAGCUGUACUGCUACACAUAUUUGCGGCUCUAUAUAUGUUUCUAGCCCUCGCCAUUGUUUGUGAUGACUACUUUGUGACCUCUCUAGAGAAGAUCUGUGAGAAACUGCACCUGAGUGAAGAUGUAGCAGGAGCGACCUUCAUGGCAGCUGGAAGCUCCGCCCCCGAGCUGUUUGCUUCUGUAAUUGGUGUAUUUAUUACACAUGGAGAUGUGGGGGUGGGCACCAUUGUAGGCUCCGCCGUGUUCAACAUCCUGUGCAUCAUCGGUGUGUGUGGGAUUUUCGCCGGACAAGUUGUUUAUCUGACCAAGUUUUCCGUGUUCAGAGACUCCAUCUACUACAUUUUUUCUGUGGUCGCACUUAUUGCAUUUAUUUACGAUGAGAAGAUUGUGUGGUGGGAGAGUCUGGUGCUGAUCAUCAUGUAUGUUGGCUACAUCAUCAUCAUGAAGUUCAACACUAGCCUGCAGAACUACUUUGUGGAGAAGGAGGAUAAGGGCGUAUCCAAUGGUAACACGGUCAUCAGCGAGAUGGAAGAUGUAAAGCCUAGUAAAACAUACACUCGUGGGUCUGUGGUGAUGGUGGAUGAGAUGAUGAAUUCUAGUCCUCCGCACUAUCGCUUCCCUGAGGCUGGCCUGAGGGUCAUGAUCACCAACCACUUUGGACCCAAGACACGUCUGCGAAUGGCAAGCCGCCUCAUCAUCAACGAGCAACAGCGGCUGGUGAAAACGGCUAAUGGUGUUGACGUAGUGCUGGUGGCAGAUAAGAACGCUGACACUAUGGAAAAUGGCAUUAUAAUGGAGGAAAAGCUCACUGAGGAGCCGGAGGAUGACAUGUCAUCUCCCUUCAGCCUGCCUGGGGGCUGUAUGGAUCGAGUCAAGCUUUUCAUCUCCUGGCCCAUUUUGGUUCUGCUAUACUUCACUGUGCCCAACUGUGCCAAGCCACGGUGGGAGCACCUCUUCAUGCUGUCCUUCUUCCUCUCCACAAUGUGGAUAGCCAUCUUCUCCUACUUCAUGGUGUGGAUGGUCACAAUUGUUGGAUACACACUUGGAAUCCCAGAUGUUAUAAUGGGUAUCACUUUUCUGGCUGCUGGCACCAGUGUUCCUGAUUGCAUAGCAAGUCUCAUUGUUGCUCGGCAAGGCCUGGGGGACAUGGCUGUCUCCAACACGAUUGGCAGUAAUGUCUUUGAUAUCCUGGUUGGACUCGGUGUUCCCUGGGGCAUCCAGACAAUGGCUGUCAACUAUGGCUCUGUGAUUCAGAUCAACAGUAAAGGAUUGGUUUACUCUGUGGUGCUGCUACUGGGCUCGGUGGCUUUAACUGUGUUGGGCAUCCAUGUUAACAGGUGGAGGUUGGACUUUAAGCUGGGCAUGUAUGUGCUUGUGCUUUAUGCCAUCUUCCUGUGCUUUUCCAUCAUGAUCGAAUACAACGUUUUCACUUUUGUCAACCUACCCAUGUGUCAAGAUGAUCUUUAA